AUGGAUUAAUGGAAUGACAUUCUCGAGGACACAUUUGCUGGCUCAAUUGGAGGCAUUACUUUUGUACUGAGUGCACAUCCAUUCGACACAAUUAAAGUGAGAAUGUAAAUGUUUUCUGAAAACACAUCCAUUCUUAAAACAGCCUAUAAAAUAUUUAAUUAGGAAGGACCUUUUGCUUUUUAUAAAGGAGUUAUAUCACCACUUUUCUUUAGUUUUCCAGUUUCAGUAACAUUAUUUGCAUGUUAUGAAUAAUACAUGAGAUAUUUUUAAGUUGACAGAUAUUCGUAUUAACUAAUGCAUUGGGGUGUUGGUGGAGCUUAUGCUGGAUUUAUAUAGAGUUUUGCCACAAGUCCAUCGGAAUUAUUUAAGAUUGUAUUCCAAAUGUAGAUUUCAGAACGGACUCAUAAAUCCGUUUUGAGAUGCAUAUUUGAGUUUGUGAAUAAGGAAGGCAUAGCAUCAGUCUUCAAGGGAGUCUAUUCCACAAUAUUCAGAGACAUCCCUCAAUACACAACUUUCUUUAUUGCAUUUGAAUCUACUAAGUAGUAUUUACAAAAGGAGAAAGGAUAUUUAACGAUAUUUGAUCAAUUCCUGGCUGGAAUAACAGCAGGCAUAGUUUGCAUUUGCUUUUCGUAUCCAUAGGAUAUGGUGAAAACAAAAAUAUAGUAUGAAAUUCUUGAAUCUAAAUAAAACCGAAAGUAUUAAGGGAUGGAUGGUGGUAUCUCAAAGUGUGUUAAAGAAAUUUACAAAGCAGGAGGUUUCAAAGGCUUUUGGCAAGGGUUCAACAGUUGUGCAAUCUACUACAUGGUAGCAAGUUCAGCGCAAUUGGUUGGAUACGAGCAAAGUCGGAUCUUUUGGGAUACUUACAUUAAACAUUGA